AUGCGGAGGGGCCGCUCGGGCCGGGCGGACGCGGGCGCGGCCGGAGAGCCCCUGGGCGCGGCGCGGGACGGGCGGCCGGCGCGGGCGGACGCGGGCGAGCCGGGACCCCCCGCCCGGGCCCCGCGCGGCGCCCAGUCGGCCCGGGGCGGCUCGCGCGCGCGCACGCGGGCCCGGGGCCGCGCGCGGGGGGACUGCGCCCCGCGGCCCGUCACCGUGGACAGCUCCAAGGCCAAGACGUCGCUGGAAGCCCUGAAGAUCAGCCUCCGGCAGCUCAAGUGGAAGGAGUUUCCGUUCGGCCGACGCUUGCCUUGUGACAUCUACUGGCAUGGAGUUUCAUUUCACGACAGCGACAUCUACUCUGGCCAAGUGAACAAGUUUCCAGGCAUGACGGAGAUGGUGCGUAAGAUCACACUGAGCAGAGCCGUGCGGAUCAUGCAGAGCCUCUUUCCUGAGGAGUACAACUUCUAUCCUCGCUCCUGGAUUCUGCCCGACGAGUUCCAGCUCUUUCUUGCUCAGGUCCGCACAGUGAAGGACGGCGACCCCUCCUGGAAGCCCACAUUCAUCGUGAAGCCGGACGGAGGGUGCCAGGGGGACGGGAUCUACCUCAUCCGAGACCCCACCGACGCCCGCCUGGCGGGGAUCCUGCGGAGCCGGCCGGCCGUGGUGCAGGAGUACAUCUGCAAGCCCCUGCUCAUCGACAGGCUCAAGUUCGACAUCCGCCUGUACGUCCUGCUCAAGUCCCUGGACCCGCUGGAGAUCUACAUCGCCAAGGACGGGCUGUCGCGCUUCUGCACGGAGCCCUACCAGGAGCCCAGCGCCCACAACCUGCACCACAUCUUCAUGCACCUCACCAACUACUCGCUCAACAUCCACAGCGGCAACUUCGUGCACUCGGACAGCGCCGGCACAGGCAGCAAGCGCACCUUCUCCAGCGUGCUGUGCCGGCUCUCGGCCAAGGGCGUGGACAUCAAGAAGGUCUGGUCCGACAUCAUCUCACUGGUCAUCAAGACGGUCAUCGCCCUGACGCCCGAGCUCAAGGUCUUCUACCAGUCGGACAUCCCCGCGGGCAAGCCCGGGCCCACGUGCUUCCAGAUUCUGGGUUUCGACAUCCUCCUCACGAAGAACCUGAAGCCCAUCCUGCUGGAGGUGAACGCCAACCCCAGCAUGAGGAUCGAGCACGAGCAGGAGCUUUCUCCAGGGGUCUUUGAAAACGUCCCCAGCCUUGUGGAUGAGGAGGUGAAAGUGGCCGUGAUCAGAGACACCCUGCGCCUCAUGGACCCGCUCCGGCACCUCAGGGAGAGCCUCCUUCCGGAUAUCUAUAUGGACAGCACCCUCAGAUUCCCUCCAGUUUCUGACAGAAUGCCUUCAUCGAAGAUCCAGUUUUCAAAGUUUCCCAUAGUCAGGUCUAAGCAGUACGAGAAGUCCUCCGCUGCCAGGGACGACGAACUGGACGCUGAGCUGACCAGCACCUCCAAAGGCCCCCGGAACCACGAGGCCCAGCUGCCCACCAUCUGCCUCAAGCAGGUGUUCCCCAAGUACGCCAAGCAGUUCAACUACCUGCGCCUGGUGGACCGGAUGGCCAAUCUCUUCAUCCGCUUCCUGGGAAUCAAGGGGACCAUGAAGUUGGGACCAACAGGCUUCCGUACCUUCAUAAGGAACUGCAAGCUGAGUAGCAGUGGUUUGUCCAUGGCCGCAGUGGACAUCCUCUACAUCGACAUCACGCGGAGAUGGAACGCCAUGACCCUGGACCAGCGGGACUCAGGGAUGUGCCUGCAGGCGUUCGCUGAGGCCUUCUUCUACCUGGCGCAGAAGAAGUUCAAGAUGCUGCCGCUGCACGAGCAGGUGGCGGCCCUGGUGGACCUGUGUGAGUACCACCUGUCCCUGCUGGACGAGAAGCGCCUGGCGUGCGGCCGCGGCGGCACCGGGACCAGCCGGCGCCCCUGCAGCAACGCGCCCCAGAACACGCCCGCCAGUGCCCCGCCACCGCAAGAGGAGGCAGCCCCCCACAGCGCCCGCAGGCUCACCAGCUCCAGGCACGGGGUGCCCUGA